AUGCCCGAGACCUGCUCAGCGCCGUCUGGGCAAAAGCCCUUUUCCUUCGGCCUCGACCCCUGGACUCUCGUCUACGUUGUCGUACCGAUCAUUGCCAUAUCCCCAAUAGCCAUCUUUAUCAUGUUCCCCUACAUUAUGAGAGGUCUUGGGUCUCUGCUGGGACUGUACCUGCGGAAGAAGACAGAGGGAAGGAAGGCGCAGCUCUUGGAGCUCAUGAACGCAGAGCAGCAGUCCUUCACACAGACAUCUAGGAAGGGUGCAAGCAGUACCAAAGACAAUGUGCAGGCACAAGCUUCCGGAAGCUCUGAGAAGAAAGAUGCAGACUGGACCGGAGUCGUCGGCUUCUUCCACCCCUUCUGCAAUGCCGGCGGAGGCGGCGAGCGAGUCCUUUGGGCUGCCAUUAAGACCACUCAGGAACGCUACCCGAAGGCGCUCUGCGUUGUCUACACUGGCGAUCAUGAAGUAAACAAGCAGGCAAUGCUUGCGCGCAUUAAGACCCGAUUCAACAUCAACCUCCAUCCCCCUUCUGUCAACUUCCUCUACCUCAGCACGCGACACCUUGUCCUCCCCUCGACAUGGCCUCACUUCACACUUCUUGGGCAAUCGCUUGGAUCUGUGGUUUUGGCUUGGGAUGCAUUCCAGCUCCUUGUUCCAGAUAUCUUUAUCGAUACAAUGGGCUACGCCUUCUCCUUGGGCCUGUCUAAGCUACUCUUCCGCAGAGUCCCUACCUGCGCCUAUGUGCACUACCCCACGAUCUCGACCGACAUGCUGCAGUCGCUUGACCCCGAGUCUACGACCGGAACACAAGGUGUCAAUGCUGGCAAGGGAGUUGGUUUCCGAGGCAAGGUCAAGAAGUUUUACUGGAGAUUAUUUGCGGCCUUGUAUUCCCGGAUGGGAUCUACUGUCGAUGUGGUCAUGACAAACUCGACCUGGACCCAAGGUCACGUCCAGAAACUUUGGGGCCCUUACCGCCAGGGCAAGGCCAGAAACUACCCCAUCGCCGUCAACUACCCGCCUUGCGCCGUUGAGGAGCUUGAGGAGGCCGUGGAGGUCUCGGAAGCCAGCGAGAAGAAGCGCGAGAAGGCCUUGGUCUACAUUGCUCAGUUCCGCCCCGAGAAGAACCACAGCCUUAUCAUCCAGUCCUUUGCUGAGUUUCUCAAGACCAAGUCCGAAGCCGCCAAGGAUGCGAAACUGGUCCUCAUCGGUAGUGUUAGAGACGACCACGACUCCAAGCGGGUGUAUAAGCUGCGCCUCCUGGUAAACGAGCUCGGCAUCAAGGAUAGAGUCGAGUUCCACCUGGAUGCUUCAUGGCCCGAGAUCCUGGAUUGGCUGCAGAGAGCCUCUGUGGGUGUCAACGGCAUGUGGAAUGAGCACUUUGGCAUCGGUGUCGUUGAAUACCAGGCCGCUGGCCUGAUCUCGGUGGUUCACGACAGUGGUGGCCCAAAGCUGGAUAUCGUCAUCAAGGUCGACGGCGAGCCGACGGGUUUCCACGCCACGAAUGUCGAGGAGUUUGCCGAAGGCUACGAGAAGGCCCUUUCCAUCAAGAACGCGCUCCCCAUCCGUCUGCGGGCACGCCAGUCAGCCAAGAGGUUCACUGAGAGCGAGUUCGAUCAGAAGUGGAUCGCCCAGAUGGAGAAGCUGGUGGCGCUGACGGCCUAG